CCGGCGCUCAUGCGGGCCGAGCCCCGCCCCCCGCCCGCAGCCCGAGCCUGAGUCCGCGCCGCGCGCCUGCCCGCCCGCACCAUGCUCAAGUGCAUCCCGCUGUGGCGCUGCAACCGGCACGUGGAGUCGGUGGACAAGCGACACUGCUCACUGCAGGCCGUGCCCGAGGAGAUCUACCGCUACAGCCGCAGCCUGGAGGAGCUGCUGCUCGAUGCCAACCAGCUGCGCGAGCUGCCCAAGCCCUUCUUUCGGCUGCUGAAUCUGCGCAAACUGGGCCUGAGUGACAACGAGAUCCAGCGGUUGCCUCCUGAGGUGGCCAACUUCAUGCAGCUGGUGGAGCUGGACGUGUCCCGGAACGUGACCCCACUUGUCACAGACAUUCCUGAGAUUCCUGAGAGCAUCAAGUUUUGCAAGGCCCUGGAGAUUGCAGACUUCAGCGGGAACCCCUUGUCCAGGCUCCCUGAAGGCUUCACGCAGCUGCGCAGCCUGGCCCACCUGGCCCUGAAUGACGUGUCCUUGCAAACGUUGCCCGGGGAUGUGGGCAACCUCGCCAACCUGGUGACCCUGGAGCUCCGGGAGAACCUGCUCAAGUCGCUGCCUGCGUCCCUGUCUUUUCUGGUCAAGCUGGAACAGCUGGAUCUGGGAGGCAACGACCUGGAAGUGCUGCCUGACACUCUGGGGGCUCUGCCCAACCUGCGUGAGCUGUGGCUGGACCGGAACCAGCUGUCGGCACUGCCUCCGGAGCUUGGGAACCUGCGACGGCUGGUAUGCCUGGAUGUGUCGGAGAACCGGCUGGAAGCAUUGCCCGCGGAGCUGGGAGGGCUGGCGCUGCUCACCGACCUGCUGCUGUCUCAGAACCUGCUGCAGAGGCUUCCUGAUGGCAUCGGCCAGCUGAAGCAGCUGUCCAUCCUGAAGGUGGACCAGAACCGCCUGUGCGAGGUGACUGAGGCCAUUGGGGACUGUGAGAACCUGUCUGAGCUGAUCCUCACUGAGAACCUGCUGACGGCCCUGCCCCACUCUCUGGGGAAGCUGACCAAGCUGACCAACCUCAACGUGGACCGGAACCGCCUGGAGGUGCUGCCACCUGAGAUUGGGGGCUGUGUGGCGCUCAGCGUCCUCUCCCUGAGGGACAACCGCCUGGCCAUGCUGCCACCUGAGCUCGCCCACACAGCGGAGCUGCAUGUUCUGGAUGUGGCCGGGAACCGGCUGCAGAGUCUGCCGUUCGCGCUCACGCAUCUCAACCUCAAGGCCCUGUGGCUGGCAGAGAACCAGGCGCAGCCCAUGCUCCGGUUCCAGACGGAGGAUGAUGCCCAGACUGGCGAGAAGGUGCUCACCUGCUACCUGCUGCCCCAGCAGCCCCCGCCCAGCCUCGAGGAGCCCGGGCAGCAAAGCAGCCCUUCCGAGAGCUGGAGUGAUGCCCCGCUCAGCCGAGUCAGCGUCAUCAAGUUCCUGGGGGCCCCUGCAGGCGACGAGGACGCUGAGGAGGCUGCUGCAGAGAAGCCGGGCCUGCAGCGUCGGGCCACACCUCACCCCAGCGAGCUCAAGGUGAUGAAGAGGGGUGUGGAAGAGCGUCGGAACGAAGCCUCCUGCAGGCCCAACCCCCGGCCUCCCUCGCCCUUGGAGGAGGACAAGAGGUUGAGCACCGAGUCUGGCCUGAGUGAGGACUCGCACCUGUCCACCAGUACAGCCUCCCAGGCUGAGCCUGAGGGCCUGGCGGCCGAGGCAGAGGCAUUGAGCCAGCAGGAUGCCGCACCAGCCGCCCAGGAGGAGGCCACAGAGGAGACCUAUGAGGAGCCUACAGUGCGUUUCGCAGAGGACACGUUGCUGCUGCCUCCAGCGGAAGAUGGUGACAGUGAGGAGGGGCCCCUGGAGGCCCCAUGGCCCCUGCCCUUGGGGAGGCAGCGGCUCAUCCGCAAGGACACGCCCCACUACAAGAAGCACUUCAAGGUCUCCAAGCUGCCCCAGCCUGAGGCCGUGGUGGCCCUGCUGCAGGGGACACAGCCAGAUGGCCAGAGCCCGGCAGGGCCUGGGGGCUGGCACAACGGCCCGCACACGCCCUGGGCCCCUCGGGCAGAGGAGGAGGAGGAUGAGGAAGAUGAGGAGGAGGCCGCAGCUGAGGAGGAGAAGGGGGAGGCUGUGGCCUCUGCACCCUCUGUGAAGGGGGUGUCGUUUGACCAGGCCAAUAACCUGCUGAUAGAGCCCGCUCGCAUUGAGGAGGAAGAGCUGAUGCUUACCAUUGUGCGGCAGACGGGGGGCCUGGGCAUCAGCAUCGCAGGGGGCAAGGGCUCCACCCCCUACAAGGGAGAUGAUGAGGGCAUAUUCAUCUCUCGGGUGUCUGAGGAAGGCCCCGCAGCCCGGGCUGGGGUCCGAGUGGGCGACAAGCUCCUCGAGGUGAACGGCGUGGCUUUGCAUGACGCUGAGCACCACCAGGCUGUGGAGGCGCUGCGGGGGGCAGGUGCCACGGUGCACAUGCGGCUCUGGCGUGAACGCAUGGUGGAGCCUGAGAAUGCGGUCACCGUCACGCCUCUGCGGCCGGAGGAUGACUACAGCCCCCGGGAGCGGCGGCUUGUUGGCCUGCGCCUGCCCCUGCCCGAGACCCCCGGGCCCCUCCGGCAGCGCCACGUGGCCUGCCUGGUGCGCAGCGAGAAGGGGCUGGGCUUCAGCAUCGCCGGAGGGAAAGGCUCCACGCCUUACCGAGCUGGCGACGGGGGCAUCUUCAUCUCCCGCAUCGCUGAAGGGGGCGCUGCCCACCGGGCCGGCACUCUACAAGUUGGCGACCGUGUCCUCUCAAUCAAUGGGGUGGACAUGACUGAGGCCAGGCACGACCAUGCCGUCUCCCUGCUGACCGCCACCUCCCCCACCAUCGCCCUGCUGCUGGAGCGGGAGGCUGGGCCGCCCCCUCCCCCAAGCCCCCCACCACACUCUCCCCCACCCCCUGCUGCUGCUGCCACCUCCGUGGUCACUGCCACCCCUGGGGAUCCCGGGGCACUGAGGCUUGCCUCCAGCUUGCUGGCUGCUGCCCUAGAGGGACCAUAUCCAGUGGAGGAGAUCUGCCUACCAAGAGCCGGAGGCCCGCUGGGGCUCAGCAUCGUCGGGGGCUCUGACCACUCCAGCCACCCGUUUGGAGUCCAGGAGCCUGGCGUGUUCAUCUCCAAGGUGCUCCCUCGGGGCCUGGCUGCGCGCAGUGGCCUUCGGGUCGGGGACCGCAUCCUGGCCGUGAAUGGGCAGGAUCUGCGGGACGCCACGCACCAAGAAGCGGUCAGUGCCCUGCUCCGGCCCUGCCUAGAACUGGUCCUGCUGGUGCGCAGGGACCCACCGCCCCCAGGCAUGCGGGAGCUCUGUAUCCAGAAGGCCCCCGGCGAGAAGCUGGGCAUCAGCAUCCGUGGGGGCGCCAAGGGCCAUGCGGGCAACCCCUGUGACCCCACUGACGAGGGCAUCUUCAUCUCCAAGGUGAGCCCCACGGGAGCGGCUGGGCGCGAUGGCCGCCUGCGAGUGGGCUUGCGGCUGCUGGAGGUGAACCAGCAGAGCCUGCUGGGGCUCACGCAUGGCGAGGCUGUGCAGCUGCUGCGCAGCGCGGGCAACACCCUCACCGUGCUCGUCUGCGACGGCUUCGACACCAGCACCAGCCCGCCCUCCGAGGUGUCCCCGGGCGUCAUCGCCAACCCCUUUGCGGCAGGCCUGGGCCGCCGGAACAGCCUGGAGAGCAUCUCCUCCAUUGACCGGGAGCUGAGCCCCGAAGGCCUCGGCAAGGAGAAAGAGCUGCCUGGACAGACCCCGCAGUGGGGACCGGAGGCCACGGCCCGGAGCCCAGACAGCCUGCAGCUGGACUGCCGCACACUGGCCACCAUGCCCAGCACUGGCAGCGUGCAGAGGGUCCCGUCCGGGGCAGCUGGAGGGAACAUGGCCGAAGCCCCUUGCUCCCCUGGUUACCAGCAGACAAAACCCGGGGUGAUCCAGCCACUGGCUCAGGCCUGGCCAAGGGGCUCCCCGGCCCCCAGGGGCAGAGGUGGUGCCUGCUCUCCCCCCUCCCCGCCCUCCCCCGAUGAGCUGCCCUCCGAUGUGAAGCGGGCCUACAGGACCUUCGCUGCUGUGCCCGACCCGCACCCGCCCCUGGACGCGACUGCCCAGCCUCCCACACCUGGGCCCACUGCCUCCCCGGAGCAGCUGUCCUUCCGCGAGCGGCAAAAGUACUUUGAAUUGGAGGUGCGGGUGCCCCAGGCCGAGGGACCCCCCAAGCGCGUGUCGCUGGUGGGUGCUGACGACCUGCGGAAGAUGCAGGAAGAGGAAGCCCGAAAGCUGCAGCAGAAGAGGGCGCAGAUGCUGCGGGAGGUGGUGGACACGGGGCUGUCCCUGGACGGGGAGGCCCCUGAAAAUGAGGAGCCCGAGGAGGAGCCGCCCUGGGCCGGCCCGGGCCCUGCCGCAGGGCUCGGCCCUGCGUCCCCUCCAAUCCUGGGAAGCAGCGCGCCGGUGCGGACGGCCAAAGCUGAGCGGCGCCAUCAGGAACGGCUGCGUGUGCAGAGCCCCGAGCUUCCUGUGCCGGAGCGGGCUCUGUCCCCUGCCGAGCGCCGGGCCCUGGAGGCUGAGAAGCGCGCGCUGUGGAGGGCAGCCAGGAUGAAGUCUCUGGAGCAGGACGCUCUCCGCGCACAGAUGGUCCUCAGCAAGUCCCAGGAGGGCCGGAGCAAGCGUGGGCCCUUGGAGCGGCUGGCUGAGGCCCCCUCUCCUGCGCCCACCCCAUCACCCACCCCCUUGGAAGACCUCGGCCCCCAGAGCAGCACCUCCCCGGGACGCCUGGUGAGGACCAGCUGCCGCCCUUCCCCACACCCCUCCCUGCGGCGUGGGGGCGGGGAUCCAGACUGCACCGCACCCCACUCUUCUUCUCCACUCUCUGCUUCUCUCUCCUCACGCUGUCCUCUCAAGGCCUUGUCUGGGAGGAAGUUCGACUACAGGGUGUUUGCAGCCCUGCCUUCUUCCAGACCUGUCUAUGACAUGCAGUCCCCGGACCUUGUUGAGGAGCUGAGGUCCUUGGAACCAUCCCCCAGCCCCGGCCUUCAGGAGGAGGACGGAGAGGUGGCCAUGGUGCUUCUGGGCAGGCCCUCGCCAGACGCCAUGGGCCCGGAGGAGGUGACACUGUGCAGCAGCCGCCGCCCGAUGCGGCCAGGGCGCCGCGGCCUAGGCCCAGUGCCCUCCUAGAGGGUUGGGUACCUCCCCUGGACUUGGGGUGGGGGCUCUGCCAGCUCCAACACCGCCCUUGCCCCGAGUCUUUUAACCUGGGUGUUAGCAUUUUAAAGAAACCCCUCAGGAGUUCUGGCUGCUGACUAACUGCCCCCUCCCAGCCAGGACCUCUUGGCAAGACUGUAACUAGUGAUGUUUGUACAACCAAAGACUCUAUUUUGUGGUUUAAGGAGAAUAAAAUUGACUACAUUUUACCUUC